AUGUGUUAUCGAAGUGGAGCGAUCAGUAUUGAUAAUGAAAUUGUCGGUGAUCCUGAUAUUGAAUGCUUGGAUGACCAAAUUCGAGUCUUCGUCAAAACACGGAAACUCUUCACAGGUUUGCUAUUUUCUUCAUAUUUUGCAUGCUGUUCGUCAGUGUCAGACCGUUCUCAAAUAGCAAAUAAUUCCCCAAAACGCUCUGUUCAAGGUCGAAUUUACGCGAAAGGGAAAGCUGAUAAUCCGGAUUGUUCAAAAGAUGAUUUCGCUAGAGAACGUACCAAAAAGCCAUAUAUGGAACUAAAAUUUGGAAUGUGUGGAAUGAAGAGUUUACGCUCGGUGGAUCCGCGAGGAAUGUACUAUGGCAUAACACUGGUUGUUUCGUUUCAUACGAUGUUUAUCACGAAAGUAGAUCAAGCAUUCCAUGUGAAAUGCUUCUUCGAGGAAGCUAGCCGUGGACUAACGGCUGAGCUUGGUGUUAGUAUGAUUCCCACAACCGAAGUGGAGGCACGUCACAGUAUCCCGGGUUGUUCGUAUAGUAUUCACGCGAGUUCAAUUGCCGAACUGGAUGCAGGCAAACCGGCUGGCCCACCGAUUCAUCAAAUGUUUGUUCCAGAAAUGUUCGGUAUUUUAAUCAAUAACUGCUACGUUACGGACGGUUUUGGUAAACGAGCGGAUGUCGUUGAUUCAAGAGGAUGCGCUGUUGAUCCGAUUCUGAUAACUGGUAUUCGCUAUUCAGCUGAUCUUCAACGAGCAUAUGCCGAAUCACAAGUGUUCAAGUUUGCCGAUCGACCGGGCGUUUGGUUCUUCUGUCAAAUACAGAUGUGUAUGAAGAAAGCUGGAAUGUGCGAUGGAGUAACGCCUCCAGGUUGUGCUUCAGCAGUUCCGAAAACUCUUAGCGCAGGUGGACUAGAAGAAGGUUAUGACCGAGAGGUGGAAUCGAACUCGGUUACUGGUGGAGGUGCAGGAGGGCGACAUGGAAGUUCAAAUCAACCGAUUGGGUUGAGUGAAACAUCGAAACGGACUGCAGAGCCAUUUCAGUUCAACGGUGCUACACCGUUUGGACUUUCGCCGAAUCCAGAAGAUUAUGAGACGGCGAAUGAGCACGGCACUGGCUACGGUGCAGGUUUUCCGUUACCGCAUGCAUUCGAAAAGAACGGCGGUCUCGAUUAUGGUACCGCUCAUCGACCCGGUUUCGGUAAUCAGAAACCAACAACUGCAACUCCACGUCGAUCAACUAUUGAUAAGAACAUACCUGAAUGGCAAGGACGCAAAACGAUAGAAGAUAAUAAUAAGCGAGUAUCACAAAUUCAGGCUGUUGUGACGAACGUCUUCGAAACAAACGAACAUUAUGUUGAUCAAAAAUAUGGUACCACGCAGCCAAGAUACGGUACCACUCGACCGCAUGUUGCACCCGUCAAAAAUGGGUAUAUUGACUACGAUAAUGAAGAUGUGACGAUACCACCGAAUUUGAACGAUCUGCUAGCUAACCUACCAGAUGACGUUGACGCAGAUUCACUGCAGAAGAUGUUCAGGGAUUCUGUUGCAGAUCGUAGAGCCUUACUUCAAGGUUUCGAUAUGCUCAGAAGUCAGAAAACAUCAUGGGGAAGAUCCGCACGACUGGCCGAUUCGCCUCUUCAGUAUGAUGAUGAAGCAGUUGAUGAUGCUGGCAGUGUGAUGGAUUCGAGUGUAAUGAGCGAUGACCUAAACGAACCACCCGUUGAUGCGGACGCUCCACCGAUGAUCGCCGGUCGUUUACUCAUCUACGAUAUUGACGAGGAGCCUCCGAAAGCAGCGGCUAAUCGAGACGAUAGAGACGAUUCGUCGUCGCAAACGUUGGGCGCAUCAAAAGACUGCGUGAUAAGUCGUCAUGGUUUAUUUUUGCUAGCCACGAUGCUCGGAUCGUUAUGUGCCUUGCUAUUCAUUAUUGCCAUUUUCUUGUACAUACGUUUAUCGAGGACCACGUCCGCAUUUCUUAGAGGUUGGUUGGUCUUAUCUGAUUCUUCAGCUCAUUUACAAUUAGACUUGAACAUUACAAAUUUGAUGAAAUUUCUGUGA